GAAGAACACCGCAGUUAUUCGGUGUUUCAUUAAACUCGGCUUGUCUGUCUUUUCGGCGAUAGAGAGGGAUCUGUAAUUGUUGGUGGAGUGAGGUUUUUCUCAGUAACUUUAUUUGGAGCCAGGUUGCAGGCCCAGUCACAUUGUUUUCACUGCAGCAGCGGAUAACUGUCCCUGUCUGUGAGAUUUGAUGCAGAUGUCUGUCUGGCCUGUUGUUUCAACCACACCAGUAAAUUAACGGAAUGUUUGUAGCCAUUCAGACUCUCCAAAUGAAUGUGUUUGUUUUCAAAAUGAGAAUACGGGCGCUGACAGUUACCUUCAGGAUAAUAACGCGAGUUUAUCCUUAUUAAUGAGAUGUUUGUCAGAUUGAGAAAAGAAAACAAUUUUGCACUUUUUUCAUGACCAUCGAAUGUCUCAAAAGCACUUUACAUUCAAGAAAGUACUUUUAAGUGUAACCGCUUGUGUAUUGGAACGUGACUGAGGGAGGCAAAAUUGGCCGGGAGAUUUGGGAGAAUGCUCUUACGUUUCUUUGAAAAUAACCUUUCUAGAAACUAAUUAGUCUGUGCUGAUUGUUUGUUUAUUUCCUUACUGCUGACAAUGAGGCUAUCAUUGAAUAGAAAAUGAACAGGACCAUGCGUAUAAAUUAGCUACAAGAGCAGGUGAAAGAUCCGGAAUUGUGCAGCGAGUAACUCAUCUCCAGUCUCCUCAGAGCCUGUGAAACAUCUACAAGGGACAAGUCACAAAAACGAUGGGAUAUUCUGAGGUCCAUACCAAGUGAUCCAUUUGGAUUUAUUCUUUCUUGACAUUCUUGAAAUAGUCUAAUAUAACUGAGUGGCUUCCUGGCCCAUUUCAGAGGGCAGUUGCGUCAACUCCAUUGUGCCAAGUCUGCAACAAUCCAGCAGGAAUUGCUGGACAUUGUUGAAAAAGUAUUUUGGAAUCACUUCUGUGGAGAAGCAAGUGUUUUUCUUCUGGCCCCCAGUGCUAUUGUGGACCACUGUACUAUAUCUCCUGAAAAUGUUGGAAAUUCCAAUGCAAAUGAAGCAGACUAUUCAUUCAUCAGAAGAAGUAAUAUUUUACUGUUUACUCAGAGAAGCCUUCCAGACUUAUUGCUUUAUUGGCUAACACUUCUCAGUUUUGUACACACUCGGCUUGUUACUGCUCCUGUUACAGGCUGCUUGUGACAUUCUGGGCUGCAUUCCUAACCAACCCAUUCCCUGUUUUUUCACUCCACCCUAGCCUGAAAUCUGUUUUCCUGACAAUGCUGCCCAUCUCCCCAUCUUAUUUCCACUCUCUGCCCAAGCCCCAGUCUGAAAACCUCAUUCCUAAGUCUCACUGCCUCUCUGAAUCCUUGUUUCCUGCCCUCUACAGCAACAAGAAAUUGCAUCUAUGUAGCACUUUUAACAUAACAAAAUGUCCCAAGGCACUUCAUAGGAAAAUUAUCCAACUGCAUCUAACAUUGAGUCGUAAAAGGAAAUAUUAGGAUAAGUGAUCAAAAUUUUACCGAAGCAGUAGGUUUGAAGGAGCAUGUUAAAGGAGAAUUGUUAUACUUGCAGUUCAAAAAAUGCCUUAUGUGCACUUCCAUUUUAAGUGGUAGAUUCAUGUCAAUAGACUGGUAUUUUUUUGUAUUCAGUAAAUAUAUGGAAUUAGACUCUAACCAUGUUUUUUUUGUUAAUAGUUUGUUGGAUGUGGAUGCCAUUGGCAUGCCCAGCACUGUCCCCCAUCCAUAAUUACCUUCUAGAAGAUGGUGAGCUGCCUGUUUGAACUGUUGCAUCUGGUGUAUGUACGCCAGCAAUGAUGUUAGGUAGGGAGUUCUAGGAUUUUGAUCUACUGACAGUGAAGGCGCAGCAAUUAUAAUUCCAAGUUAGUGUGAUAAUACUAUGGCUUUGAGUUUUUUUUUUUGAGAGGUUUUAAGGCAGAGGUGAGGAGCAGUCUACCAGAGUAAACAGUUCGUGAGGCUUUUUUUUAAUCUUGGAACAACAGAAGCUUUCUGAAUGGGUGUGGUCAAGCUCCCACAGAAUGAGGAUUUUUAGUUCUAGCUUUCAGCAGUUGCUGUUGGGGUCUUAACUAAGUGGAAGCCAUUUUUCUCUCUCGGUUACAGCCAAAAGCUGGGGGUUCUCUUACUGCUGCGGGAGUUACAUGAGUAGCACUGGAGCAGAAUGAGUGCAGAAGCAGCAGACCGUGAGGCGGUGACCUCUAGUCGACCUUGCACUCCACCUCAGACAAUUUGGUUUGAGUUCUUAUUAGAUGAAGGACUGCUUGAAAAACAUUUGCAGAAGUCUUUUCCAGAUCCAUCGCCAAUUCAGCUGAUAAACCAAUUUUUGGAGCAGGCCUCCAAACCGUCUGUAAAUGAGCAAAACCAAGUGCAUCCACCAACUGAUAACAAAAGGAACCGCACAUUGAAACUCCUUGCACUCAAGGUAGCUGCACACUUGAAGUGGGAUUUAGAGUUGCUGGAAAAAAGUUUGACUGUGCCAGUGCUGAAUAUGCUUCUGAACGAGUUGCUCUGUGUCAGCAAGGUUCCUCCAGGUGUAAAGCACGUUGAUCUCGAUCUGUGCAGCCUGCCUCCGACAACAACUAUGGCCAUACUGGUGUACAAUAGAUGGGCGGUUAGAACAACUGUCCAGAGCAGCUUUCCAGUGAAACAGUUAAAACCUGGUCCUCCACAAUUAAACAUAAUGAAUCAGAUGCAGCAAGAAAAAGAAUUGACAGAUAACAUUUUAAAAGUCCUAAAGGAACAGGCUGGAGACUCCAUUCUGGUUUUGGAGAGAGCACUUCAGUUGACUACAGAUCUCCAUGUACACACCAUGAGAACGCUGGACCUGAUAGCAGCAGAACCUUGCCUGGCAAAUGGAGAAACCGAGAGUUCAACGGCUGGAUUAUGCAUCAGUGUGGAUGAAAUGCAUUGCCAGGUUUGUUAUGAUCUGGGUACAGUAUUCUUCAGUCAAGGAUCUUCAAACCCCACAGCCUAUGAGAAAGCAAAGGAACACUUAUUCAAAACCAGUGAACUGCUCUCAAAGAUUGGACCUGACCCUGUUCACUGUCGAAUUGACCGGAGGAGAUUAGAUGGUUACUGCCAGGCUUGUGCAGUGUUAACAACACCAUCUGAUACAAAUGAACUGCAACUGACAACAUAUGGUCGGGUUCACCACUGCAUUAAAUCCAGUAACUAUCAGGGAUUAAUUGAGAUUUUUCUUGAAGACAACAUAACUUUAAGCUUGUUGUCACACUUCAGGCAGUCUGUCCUCAGAGAGCUUUACCAAAUGGCUCAAAAUGGGGAUAGAAAUUUAGAAGAAAUUUGUUUUAAAGUCUGUGCAUGCAACACUGUUCGGAAUGUCCUGGAGCAGCAGGUGAUUGGAGUAAGAUUCCACCAACUGCUGCUGAAACCAACCAAAGAAAGAAUUGACUUCUUAUUGGAAACAUGUGCAUGUUCAUUAAAUCUGGAUAAAGCUUCAGAAGAUUCUAAACAAAGGAUGGCUGUUUUCUUAAAGAAUUUGUGCCAAAGUUUAGAUGACCCUCAGUUUGUUUUCAUGAUUUCCUCGCAUGAUAUGUGCAUGAAACUGUUAAAGGAUGAAGAACGGAAACUACUGCUUGAUCACAUAAGAAAGCGAUCACCUCGCCUUAAUCUUUCAACCAAGCCAUUGACUGUUUUCUAUGAUAUACCUGCAUCAGCCAGUGUCAAUAUUGGUCAGCUUGAACACCAGCUCAUCCUAACAGUUGACCCAGGGAGAAUUCGACAAAUUCUGAUUGAGCUUCAUGGAAUGACAUCUGAUCGGCAAUUCUGGACUGUUUCCAACAAGUGGGAAGUACCAACAGUUUAUGGUGGAGUUAUUCUUGGCAUCAAGGAUAAUCUGACCAGGGAUUUGGUUUAUAUCUUGAUGGCUAAAGGUCUGCAUUGCAUUGCAAUUAAGGAUUUCACCCAUGCUCGGCAACUCUAUUCCUCCUGCCUCGAAUUGGUUACAGAAUUUUCUCCAAAACUUCGCCAAGUUAUGUUAAAUGAAAUGCUGCUCCUGGAUAUCCGUGCUCACAAGUCUGGGACAGAUUGUGCAGGAGAGCGUCCACCAGCUGACCUUGUGAGUCGGGUUCGAGGUUACCUUGAGAUGAGGUUACCAGCAUACCCUGGUGGUAAAAUAUCAUCGCGUCAUUCAGCCAUGCUAAGAGAAGACAUUCCAUUGCGACAAAUUAUAACUGAGGAGUGUGUUGCUUUCAUGUUGAACUGGAAAGAGAAUGAGUAUCUGACACUGCAAAUUCCUGCAGCACUUGUCCAGAACAAUCCAUAUGUAAAGCUGGGACAGCUUUUGGCUUCAACUUGUAAAGAGCUGCCUGGCCCAAAAGAAAGCAGAAGAACUGCUAAAGACCUCUGGGAUGUAGUGGUUCAGAUCUUUUGCUUAUCUAACCAACACAAGCGAAUCAAUGAUGGAAGAAUCAGUUUAAUUAAACAUCGAGAAUCCACACUGGGGAUCAUGUAUAGGAGUGAACUAGUUACAUUCAUCAAGAGACUCAACGAUCCAUUGGUUCUGACAACUUUAAUCUCCCUUUUUGUAAAGUUGCACAACAUUGUUCGGGAUGACAUUGUAAAUGAUGUCACUGCAGAACAUAUGUCUAUUUGGCCAACUUCUGUCCCAAACUUGCAGUCAGUGGACGUUGAGGCUGUUGCUGUCACAAUGAAAGAGCUGGUCAGUUAUUCGUUAAACAUCAACUCCUGUAACCACUUCUGGUUAAUUACCCAAGCAGAUAUUUACUUUGCCACCAAUCAAUUUUCAGCUGCUCUGCAUUUUUACCUACAAGCUGGUGCCAUCUGUUCAGACUUUUUCAAUAAAGCUGUCCCUUCUGAUGUGUACACAGAUAUGGUGCUGAAGAGAAUGAUCAAAUGCUGUUCUAUGUUAAAUUGCCACACCCAAGUGGCAAUUUUAUGUCAGUUUCUCAGAGAGGUGGAUUAUAUGACUGCUUUCAAAGCUUUACAGGAGCAAAACAGUCAUGAUGCAAUGGAUUCCUACUAUGACUACAUCUGGGACAUCACUAUCUUGGAAUAUUUGACACACAUCCAUCACAAAAGGGGAGAAAUUGACAAAAGGCAAAUAGCAAUCAAAGCAAUUGGCCAAUCUGAGCUCAACUCAAGUAACCCUGAAGAGGUUUUACAUCUAGCUGCACAGAAGAGAAAAAAGAAGUUCCUACAAGCCAUGGCAAAACUUUACUUUUAACAUGCUGUAAUUAAACACCUGAAAGUAUCCAGUGGGUAAUAAAAGUGCUUAAAAGAUGCUAUAAUUGCUUUCAGCAUUUGAAUAAUUCUGUUAAGAUAUUUGGCUGUUUUGGGACUUUGUUCAUACAGAAUUUCUAUCUACAGUGUAGAUGUGAAAAAUGAAAAUUACAGUACAUUCAUUAAAAUUUCACAGCACCUAGUAUUUAUUUCAUAGUACUGCAUCUUAAUACAUACAGGUAAAGACAUCCAACUAGCAUUUAGCUUAUGUUUUGAAUGUUCAUAUUUUCUGAGCGCAUUGAAAUGUAUUUUUAUAGUGGUGUUGGAUAGCUAUGUAUCAGUAGCUAUGUAAUUUCCUGUACAUUUUUUACAAAGCUAUUUACAAUACAUUAAAAUCAUGUAGGUUUC